AUGCCUGUGUCCCUGGGAGCCGAGAUGUGGGGUCCUGUGGCCUGGCUGCUGCUGCUGCUCCUGGCAUCAUUUACAGGUCAGUGCCUUGCUGGUGAGCUGGAGACCUCGGACCUGGUGACCGUGGUGCUGGGCCAGGAUGCCAGGCUGCCCUGCUUCUAUCGAGGGGAUCCGGGCGAGCAGGUGGAGCAGGUGGCAUGGGCUCGCGUGGAUGCGGGCGAGGGCGGCCGGGAACUGGCACUGCUGAACUCCAAAUACGGGCUGCACGUGAGCUCAGCCUACGAGGGCCGCGUGGAACAGCCGCCGCCCCCACGGAACCCCCUGGAUGGUGCAGUACUGCUGCGCAAUGCGGUGCAGGCUGACGAGGGCGAGUACGAGUGUCGCGUCAGCACCUUCCCUGCCGGAAGCUUCCAGGCGCGGCUGCGGCUCCGCGUUCUGGUGCCUCCCUUGCCCUCGCUGAAUCCUGGUCCGGCGCUAGAAGAAGGCCAGGGCCUGACACUGGCAGCCUCCUGCACAGCAGAGGGCAGCCCGGCCCCCAGCGUUACCUGGGACACAGAGGUCAAGGGCACAGCAUCCCACCGCUCCUUCACACACUCCCGCUCAGCUGCCGUCACUUCAGAAUUCCAUCUGGUGCCCAGCCGCAGCAUGAACGGACAGCCACUUACCUGCGUGGUAUCCCACCCUGGCCUGCUGCAGGACCAACGGAUCACCCACAUCCUCCAGGUGGCCUUCCUUGCGGAAGCCUCUGUGAGGGGCCUUGAAGACCGAAAGCUGUGGCAGGUUGGCAGAGAAGGGGCUAUGCUCAAGUGCUUGAGUGAAGGGCAGCCCCCGCCCUCGUACAACUGGACACGGCUGGACGGGCCUCUGCCCAGUGGGGUACGAGCAGAAGGAGACACCCUGGGCUUCCCCACACUGACCACUGAGCACAGUGGCACAUACGUCUGCCGUGUUAGCAAUGCACUCUCCUCAAGGGAUUCUCAGGUGGUGGUGGACGUUCUUGACCCCGAGGACGCCGCCGGGAAGCAGGUGGACCUCGUGUCGGCCUCCGUGGUAGUGGUGGGCGUAAUUGCCGCACUCUUGUUCUGCCUUCUGGUGGUGGUUGUGGUGCUCAUGUCCCGAUACCAUCGGCGCAAGGCCCAGCAGAUGACCCAGAAAUAUGAGGAGGAGCUGACCCUGACCAGGGAGAACUCCAUCCGGAGGCUGCAUUCCCAUCACUCGGACCCCAGAAACCAGCCGGAGGAGAGUGUAGGGCUGAGAGCCGAGGGCCACCCCGAUAGUCUCAAGGACAACAGUAGCUGCUCUGUGAUGAGUGAAGAGCCGGAGGGCCGCAGUUACUCCACGCUGACCACAGUGAGGGAGAUUGAAACGCAGACCGAGCUGCCGUCUCCAGGCCCUGGGCGGGCAGAGGAGGAGGAGGAUCGGGAUGAAGGCAUCAAGCAGGCCAUGAACCAUUUUGUUCAGGAGAACGGGACCCUGCGGGCCAAGCCCACGGGCAAUGGCAUCUACAUCAACGGGCGGGGGCAUCUGGUCUGA